AUGAAUACAUGGCAGGUUUUGUACAAGGGCGGGUCUGUCACGCAAAAGGCAAUCGGAAUUAUUAGUGGAUUUCUGAAACGGCUUAAAUUGGUUUUGUGGGAUAUCCGUAAAGCCGACGUUAUCUUUAUUCACCGGGAAGCAGCUCCGAUCGGGCCGCCUGUCUUCGAAUGGAUACUGACCAGGGUACGUCGUAAAAAAGUAAUCUUUGAUUUCGACGAUGCUAUCUGGAUACCCAAUACCAGCGCUGAAAACAAACUGGCGGCAUCCGUUAAAGCAUUUUGGAAAAUACCGAAGAUAUUGAGUUGGGUAGAUACCGUAGCUGGUGGUAAUGACUAUCUGUGUAAAUAUGCUACUUCACAAAAUGCGACCAACGUCGUGCGUAUCCCUACCGUUGUGGAUACCAACAACAGGUACAACCGGCUGAAAGUCCAUUCACCCGGGCACAAGACGGUGGUUGGCUGGACGGGUAGCCAUUCUACCCUGAAGUAUCUGGAUGAGCUGAUGCCUGUAUUACAGGCCUUGCAGGAACGGCUUGAUUUCACAUUCCUGGUGAUCGCCGAUAAGCAGCCGGAACUCCCACUUAAAGACUGGGAAUUUGUUCCCUGGAAUGCAGCUACGGAAAUAGAGGAUCUCUUAAAGAUAGAUAUCGGUGUGAUGCCAUUGACCGCUGAUGCCUGGAGUGAAGGCAAAUGCGGAUUUAAGCUAAUACAGUACCUGGCGCUGGCGAUACCCGCAAUAGCAUCUCCGGUAGGAGUUAAUUCUGUGAUCGUUCAGGAGCAUGAGAACGGAUAUUUAUGCAGCAGCCCGGAAGAAUGGACGGCGGCCCUGGAAACACUGAUCAAUGACGUGCCUUUGCGGAAUACCAUGGGACAUAACGGCCGGGUGAAAAUGGUCAAUGAAUACAGUAUUGAUGCGAUAGCCCCCUCUUUUACCGGCUUAUUUAUAAAAGCAUAA